AUGGACAUCGUCGAGCUCCCCCGGGACCUUUUCCUCUUGGUGGUGGCGCACCUUUCCGCGCGGACCGUUGUGCUCUGCCGACGAGUCUCCCGGAGCUGGCAUGGCGCCUUUGCAGACCCGGAUCUGAACCUUCAGCUUAUGAAGUGGCACUUCCCGCGAAGUCGUGAGAUGCGCGUGGCGUACUUGGCCGGCGCACUCGGCGGGCCCGGACCUGCCGAAAUUGAGGUGCACGACACGGCGGAUGACCGGGACCGGCGACGAGAAGGUGAGGAUGAGGGUUCUGGAGAUGACGCAAAGGCCGCUUGGUCUCCAGACUGGACUGCGACUUUCGCCACUGUCGCCAGGAGGUACCAUCACCUCCGGACAGCGACGCCGUGGACCACCGAGGCGAUCAAGCUGGGGUCCACGGAGCAGGGCCCGUCAAGAAUGUUCUACCCCGUGGCCAUCUGGGACCGCUUCCUCCGGCUGGACGACAAGACGGCGCCCUUCCACUACCCGGACCCGGCCUGGUCAUACAGCCAGGACGACGGGCUGCUGGUGUACCACUCCGCCGCUCACGAGGACACAGCCGGCGUGGAGGAACAGACGGCGUCCUGCCCGUGGCGCCUGCGCGACCUCGAGACCGGCCAGGAGGUGGUCGUGCCGUUCCCGCAGGGCGAGGACCGCAUAGUCCGGCGCGUGAGGCUCUGUGACCGGGUCCUGAUCCUGGAGUGGUGCGAGCGAGAGGCAUACCACCAGCUCAACGACCGGGAGGAAUGCCACCGCCACUUCGUCACCGCCUUGGAUGUCGUGCGGGAAAGAAGAGGGGCCAGCUCACCCGGAGACCAAACUGCGGCCGGCGAGGCCGACACCUGGGCAGUUAGGCCCCGGUGCCAGUUCAAGACGCACUUCCUGGGCUUCCCCCUGAACCGGCACGACCGCUUCUUCUCGGCGCACACGGCCACGCACUACGCCGUCUACGUGUGGCAGCCCAACCGGUCGCUGUACAAUGACGAUCCCAUCGAGAGCGUCAUCGUCUGGGACAUCUCGGCCCGGGAUCAUCCGCGGACCAUUCGGCGAAUCACGUGGGACACGCUCGCCUUCUACGGCGUGCGCCAGGGUGCCACUCCGACGCUUCGCUCGCUCGGAAUGGACGAGCGGAACCUCUACUUCGCGGAGGAGGAGCACCGCUGGGCCGAGGGCGGGCACAGCAGCCUCGUGCCACCGAGGGUGCACCUGGUCCGCUCCACGGGCAUACCUAUUGUUGUGCCCGGCACCGCAGGACAGCCCGCCACCGGCGACGGCGCCGAGGUUGUUAUUCAGGGCCCCCGGUGGGUGGACCAGUGUGGCACCAACACGGACGUCCGCAUGCCCUUCUGCACGCGCACGAACGAGGCGCGGUUCUGCGGCAUGGCCGAACAGCAGCACACGGCUCUCGUCGACGGCGGUGGGGCCGGGGAGUGGCCCACGGGCCCGGGGCUAUGGAUAGGCAACGGCAACAGCGCGGCGGCUCUUCUGCCGGCUGGUGGCAGUAGCGAUAGAAGCAGCAGCAGCAGCAGCAGCAGCAGCAGCAGACGCAAGGGACUCGCGGGCGAGAUCGAGGCGGGCAUCGCGGCGGGGACAUCGCGGUGGCCCGGGUGGGCGCCGUGCUGGAGGCACGAGGACUUCCCCUAUCUAAGUGUGGGCGAGGUGGUCGACUUCCGCGCCGGGGUGCGGGUCACGGCGCGGCACUGCUUUAUGCUCGAGACGCUCAGCGUGCACGUGCGGCCCUCGAUCAGCGUGGUGGAGCUCGGUGUCGGCGGGGAUGACGAGGUCGGGCAGGACGAGGGCGGAUCGAGCAGCGAUGGAGGUACUGCUGACGCAUCGGCGGUUGCUAGGAUGGCGCGGCUGGAGAGGAAGCUGAGGGCGGGCAUGGCCAGGCGGAAGCUGCGGAAGCGCAGGGUCAGGCUGAACGGUGGUGGUGACGGGGGCGAGGCCGCCGAUCGUGGGCGAGACGACGACGGCGAGGGCGAGGGUGCCCACGAGGAGGUGCACUUCGCGGACGAGAUGUGGGACAGAUUGCUUGGGAAGGGCUGCAUUAGUGGUGAUGAGAGGUGGCUGAUUGGUGAGGACGGGAAGGGGACGCUCUCCGUGGUUCGAUUCUGA